AUGACUGCUGCCGAGCUCAACGCAGCAGAACGGGCCGAGGCUGAGCGACGACGACAAGAACAUUCGAGACCCGAGGGUGGGGCGGCAUCUCCGCGGUUUCGACUACGAGCGAUGUCUCCGGCCUACUAUCCAGACGAGCAGGAGCGAGAACGAGAGCGAUCACGCGCCCACAACCGGGAUGCGGCCCUGUUGCUCGAAGACGACCUUGGGUUGCGGUCCCCCGACCGAGCCAAGAAGCGUCCGCACCCGCAUGAGCCUCCGUCGCCGUCGAGCAAGAAGCGCCGACCAGAAAUAACAGCCGCGAGUUAUCCGCACCUCCAUGUUCCUGCUCGCUUGCCCAGCCCACCCUCACGUGUCCGAGACCCCAGCGAUUCUCCUCCGCCCGUCGUUGUUCCCACUCCCUCCUCCACCAGAGCCAGAGGCAAGGGGUCACGCGGUGGUCGCGGCAGCCGAGGCGGCAAAGUUCCCGGCACUCGUCCUCCCCCAGCCACCGACUCUGCCAACCCCGACGAACCGGACACCAAGCCAAAAAUAAAACGUCCUCGCAAAUCCAAAAACGGAGUCGACACUGGUCUCCCCGAGUCCUUUUAUCCCAGUGUUGUUCCCUCCCGUCUUCAGGUCCCAGACGACAGCGAGAGUGCGGCUAGUUCCCCAGCCGGCACCCCCUUUAUACCCCUUGAUUCCCCCUUGCCGUCCCUGCCUGUCGUUGGUAAAGUCGACCAUGCCACCCUCGUCAAGCGCGCCAUCCAACUCGAGGAGAACCAGCGGAAGAUAUGGGUCUCUUUAGCCAGAAAGGACAUUCCCAAGGCAUACAAAUUACAAGCAUCCUCCUAUCAAACUAAACUCCUUCAAAACAAAAAGCUAUCUUCCCUCGUUGCUUCCUACGCCAAGAAACCCUUUGGUCGCACAAUCGCCACCACCAAGCUUACCCAAGUCAAAUCCAAGCGUCUCAUGCGCGAGAUGCUCGUCUUUUGGCGCAAGCACGACAGGGAGGAAAAGGACUUGCGAAAAAAGGCGGAAAAGGCCCAGGUCGAUCGCGCCAAGGUCGAGGAAGAGAAGCGAGAGGCUCAACGACAGGCCAGAAAACUCGAGUUUUUGAUCAGCCAGACAGAACUGUACAGCCAUUUCGUGGGGAACAAACUCAAGACUUCGGAACUGGAGCAAGGCGAAGAAACGGCUUCACAACCUUCUGUAUCUGCCCCUGCCGAAAAAUCCGCCGCUAUUCGACAUAUCGAAGAAGAUGGAGAUCAGGCUCCCAACGCUCUCCCCGCAAUCGACUUUACCGACGCCGACGAGCGGAAUCUCCAUCGACAUGCUGCACAAAACGCCCGUGAAGCCAUCGAUGCCGCUAAACAACGUGCCAAGGAAUUUGAUGAGGCUAGGAAGCGGGAGUUUGAAGAGGCCAGGAAGAACAACGAGCGCAUGGACGAAGACGAGGACGAUGAUGGAAACGGGGAAUCUGACCCAGACGCCCAACCUGGAAAACCUUUGGUGGAUUUGGACUCGGAUGAAUUGAACUUUCAAAAUCCAACAUCCCUCACCGAUAUGAGUACUGUUCAAUCCAUUUCCCUUCUCGCCUAUCUCGCCGAAACCCACCAAAUCUGGGGUCCCUUCCUCGUCAUCGCCCCUGCCUCGACACUUCACAAUUGGCAACAAGAGCUUACUCGAUUCGUCCCUGCACUCAAGACGCUUCCCUACUGGGGAAACAUCAAAGACCGCACAACUCUGCGCAAAUUCUGGAACAAGAAGCAGAUAUGCUACGACAAGGACGCACCGUUUCAUGUCUUGGUCACGAGUUAUCAGCUAGUGGUUGCAGAUGAAAAGUACUUCCAGCGCGUCAAGUGGCAGUACAUGGUUCUCGACGAGGCUCAAGCGAUCAAGAGUAGUAGUUCUGCGCGGUGGAAGACUUUACUUGGCUUCAACUGUCGUAAUCGAUUGUUGUUGACGGGUACCCCGGUGCAGAACUCUAUGCAAGAACUCUGGGCCCUGUUGCAUUUUAUCAUGCCUAGUCUGUUCGAUUCGCAUGACGAAUUCUCCGAGUGGUUUUCCAAAGACAUCGAGAGCGCGGCCGAGAACAAGGGGUCCCAGCUAAACGAACACCAACUUCGUCGGCUACACAUGAUUCUCAAGCCAUUUAUGCUUCGGCGUAUCGAACAAGACAUAUUCUGCGACCUUUCUCCACGACAGCGGGCUCUCUACCGCGGUCUUCGCGCAAAUGUAUCCAUUGCUGAGCUGUUGGAACGUGCUAAUAACCUGGGAGAUGCCGACAGCGCAAGGUCACUGAUGAACCUCGUCAUGCAAUUUAGGAAGGUAUGCAAUCAUCCCGAGCUGUUCGAGCGCGCAGACGUCACAGCGCCGGUCUCUUUCACUUCCUUUGGUCGUUCUGGGAACCUUGCGCGCGAAGGAGAUCUAUUGUAUUGCCCCGACUCGGCCGUCAACCCAAUCAACUUCCAACUGCCCCGUAUAUUCGAACGUGAUGGAGGUUUGGUUCAUCUUCCUGGGUACGGGACUCGUGCUGGGUUUGAAAACAGGUGGUUUGGAUGCGACGCGAGCUUGUGGACCAGGGACCGGUUGGUUGGGUGCGGGUGGUUGUCACUUCUCGGACUUGGAGCAAACCACGUCUGGGAGUAUUGCGCUUUGCGAAGGAUGGAACAAUUAAUUUGGGGCGCAAAGCGGGAGAGAGAUCUCGAGGAGUUGGGCGGAUUCGCUAGCGAUCCGGAAUUUUCAUCCCACUCUGUUGCCCCCAAGUACGUUAUCCCCCGCCGAAACUACCAGUAUCUGGAAAUUGCAGAAGGGUAUCCUAAACUCGUCGACAUCCGCUCGGAGCUGUGGUCCCAGUCUUGCAUGUCCCGCCCUCUAAUGUUCUGGCGCACAGAAGGUGCUAUAGCCACUCCCAUCGUCCCUUGGAUGAGCGACCGAAUGUUUGUUGAGCGCUCGAGGAGGACUUUGGAAGCUCCUAGAGAGUCGCUCUUGCUCUUUGGUCUACCGAGGAGCCUGAAAGAGGCCCCUAGUGCCGUCGGAAUUUGGAAUAACCAAUUCUCUAUCGUACCUUCGUCAGGACUACUGGCCGCAUCGAGAGCUGAACAAUUACCAGUCACGCCUAUGCAUAUCCCCGAAGCCAAACGCCUCAUCUACGACUCUGCCAAGCUCGCCCGUCUCGACACACUCCUGACCGAACUCAAGGCCGGUGGCCACCGAGUAUUGAUCUACUUCCAAAUGACGCGUAUGAUCGAUCUGAUGGAAGAGUACCUCGUUUAUCGCCAAUACUCGUACCUUCGCCUCGACGGUGGAUCCAAACUCGAGGACCGACGGGAUAUGGUCCGUGAUUGGCAGACCAAUCCGAAUAUCUUUGUCUUUUUGCUCAGUACCCGUGCCGGAGGUCUCGGUAUUAAUUUGACCGCUGCGGACACUGUUGUUUUCUAUGACCAUGAUUGGAAUCCGAGCAACGACGCCCAAGCAAUGGAUCGCGCCCAUCGUUUAGGACAGACGAGGCAGGUCACGGUGUAUAGGCUUAUUACCAAGGGGACAAUCGACGAACGAAUCGUGCAACUUGCAAGGGUUAAGAAAGACGUUCAAGACAUUGUGGUCGGUAACAAACAGUUCACGGAAGCUACGACGUCUAAAGAAAUCGUGUCUCUUCUACUGGAUGAUGAUCAACUGGCGAAUCUUGCUACCAAGGGCAUGCCCGAUACUCAAGCUCAAGUUUCGGGUUCAUCAACGCUAAUGGCAUCGAAUCGUGAUUUAUGGGCUGACGAAGGCGACGAAUUCUUUGGCUCAUCAACCUUGGCUGCUCCCAAGGAGAAUGUGGAUGAGCCCACACCGUCGGCCACGGGUAUGAACACGCCCAAUGCCAUGUCCGAGCCUGUAUACGGCCGGGGUCUCAAAAAGGAUGGAACAAGAAAGUUGAAACCCGGUAGGAAGACUGGCCCAGGCGGGUCCAAGGCUGAGAGGAGGAAGAAGCGUGGGCCUAUAACGGGAGAUACGUUGCCGGACGAGCUUUAG